AUGGUGUCUUUGUUGAAGACAGUCUUUUUAUUCUUGAUGCCAAUCUGGGUCUUAAGCUUUAAGCUCAGCUAUGGCCGAAUCUUCACUUUCAAGAUGCACCACCGUUUCUCCGAACCCGUCAAGAACUGGUCCAACUCCACUGGAAAACUCUCUCAUUGGCCUGUAAAAGGCUCUUUUGAAUACUACGCCGUUCUAGCUCACCGUGAUCGCCUCCUCCGCGGCCGCCAGCUCUCUGAUAUUAAUGCACCCAUUUCUUUCUCCGAUGGCAACUCCACUUUCCGAAUCAGCUCUUUAGGAUUUUUACAUUAUACAACAGUGCAAUUGGGGACUCCAGGGGUGAAGUUCAUGGUGGCACUUGAUACAGGGAGUGAUCUUUUCUGGGUGCCCUGUGAUUGCAACAAAUGUGCUCCAACUGAAGGAACAACUUAUGCUUCUGAUUUUGAGCUCAGUAUAUAUGACCCUAAAGGAUCAUCGACUAGCAAAAAGGUCACCUGCAACAGCAGCUUGUGUGCACAUCGUAACCAAUGUCUCGGAACAUUCAGUAAUUGUCCUUAUAUGGUCUCUUACAUGUCAGCUCAGACUUCUACUUCUGGGGUUCUAGUGGAGGAUGUUCUUCACCUUAUGACAGAAGAUGGUCAUCCAGAAUUGGUCGAGGCAUAUGUCACAUUUGGCUGUGGGCAGGUACAAAGCGGUUCAUUCCUUGAUGUUGCAGCUCCCAAUGGUUUAUUUGGGCUUGGCAUGGAGAAGAUAUCAGUUCCUAGCAUUCUAUCACAGGAAGGUUUAACAGCUGAUUCUUUCUCCAUGUGUUUUGGACAUGAUGGAAUUGGAAGGAUCAGUUUUGGAGACAAAGGUAGUCCUGACCAGGAAGAGACCCCAUUUAAUCUUAACCCAUCACAUCCAACCUAUAACAUUACCAUAACUCAAAUUCGGGUGGGGACAACUUUAAUUGAUGAUGAUUUUACAGCUCUUUUUGAUUCUGGGACCUCAUUUACAUACUUGGUUGACCCAACAUAUUCAAAUCUUUCUGAGAAUUUCCAUUCUCAAGCACGAGAUAGGCGACGUCCACCUGAUGCAAGGAUCCCCUUUGAGUACUGUUAUGAUAUGAGCCCUGAUGCAAAUGCUAGUUUAAUACCUAGUAUGAGUUUAACAAUGAAAGGUGGAAGUCAUUUUCCUGUGUAUGACCCAAUAAUUGUCAUUUCCACUCAGAGUAAACUUGUAUACUGCUUGGCUGUCGUCAAGAGUACGGAGCUGAAUAUUAUAGGACAAAACUUUAUGACUGGCUACCGUGUUGUGUUUGACCGAGAAAGAUUUGUCUUGGGCUGGAAGAAGUUUGAUUGUUAUGACAUUGAUGAAACCAGUGCAUCCGUAGUAGAAUCACAUGCUGCCUCUGCGCCUCCUGCCUUUGCUGUCGGAAUCCGUAAUUAUUCUACCCCAGAAGCAACAAAAGAUAUCGGGAAAAAUAAUUCUCACACUUCGUUUGCCUUGAGAUCUUGGCAUUUCCAAGUUUCUCCUCUGUCUUGCCUCGGAGUUGUCUCCAUAUUGUCUCUAAUAUUGUAG